AUGGUUGAUACUAACCCUAGUACAUCAACUAACAACGGUAUGAGCGGUUUACACCGCAUACCACCCCUGCGAGGGACUGACAAUUACAACAUGUGGCGCACACAGAUGGAAGACAUACUUACCGAUCUUGAUCUGUAUGGCUACGUUAACGGAACGAUAACUAUGCCGUCAUUGACAACAACGACAACUACGCCAAGUGCAUCUGGCAGUAGUGGGAAGGAUGCUCAGGCAUCCACAUCAACUGGUACAAACGAAGAAUACCUUAAAUGGAGUAAAUCCGACCGUAAAGCAUUAGUGAACAUACGCCUGAGAGUUGACGGGAAUGUACUUACACACAUACAAGGUUGUACAACCUCCGCCGACGCUUGGAAUACGCUCGCGACUACAUUCCAAGUUAAGGGAACAGUCGGAUUAAUCGAUCUUCGAAGGAAGUUCUUUAGCCACAGGAUGACUGACGGCGAAGACAUUGAAGAACACAUACAGCGAAUGCGUGGAUGGUUCCAGCGAAUCAACGACAUAAAACCAAACUCAAUAAAUGAAGCCGAUUGGAUCACAACUUUAGUAGCUAGCUUACCUGACUCGUGGGAUUCAUUUACCCAGUCAGUAAGUUUCCAAUUCGACAUGGACAACAAAAGUACCCUGACAAAUGAAAUCAACGACCUACGAUCACGCAUCCUUGCAGAAGCACAUAGAAAAAGCAUUAGGAACACGGACGGAAAGGCAUUUUUUAGCUCAAAUAAACCCCUAUUCAACCGAUCUGUACGCACCAAUUCAAGCCAACGUGGACCAGACAAGUCUAAAUCCAAGUGCAACAACUGCGGAAAGAUUGGUCACUGGGCAGCGGAGUGCCGCGGCCCAGGCGGCGGUGCAUACAAACACGGUCAACAGAACAGAGGAAAUCAACCUAAUCGACGUUUUAACUCAUCGAACAAACCCCGAAACAACAACGCUCGUACGCAUAUAGCCGUUGCAGAAAAUAGCAAGACUAACGACUACGCGUUCUCAACCUUCGAGAACCUACGCGAAGAUUUUAGCAAGUCCACAUGCACAUGGAUAGCUGAUAGCGGCACAACUACUCACAUUGCAAAUGAUCAACGACUAUUCACCGACUAUAGGAAAUCCUCGGAUUAUGUUACCGGCGUAGCCGGUAAAGAGCCGAUUCUGGGCCGAGGCACUGUGGAGCUAUGGUGCCUAAUUGAUCCUGAGAAGACCGAACGAAGAAAGAUUACGCUUACCAAUGUGGCCCACGUGCCUAGUUCCCCGGCAAACCUCAUCAGUUUAUCACUAAUCACUGAUAAGGGAUAUCGCGUCUCGAUGGAUCGAGACCAAUUAGUAAUAUAUGGUCCAAACAACGAACUGAUCACCUUUGGUUCGAAGCUACAAAAUAGAAGUCAAGGGAACCUAUGGAAACUAAAUGCCAAAACAAUAAACAAAGUCAGUGUGAACAAUAAGCAUACACCCACAGAACUCGCACUCGUGAAACAAACCGGUCGAACUUGGCUCGACUGGCACAAAGUACUCGGACACAUCGGCCCGCAAGCCCUUCAACGAAUCAAGAACACGAACGCAGUUAAUGGCAUGGAAAUAGUAGAAGAUAACAUAGGACUCAACUUCGAAUUAGUAACUGACGUAUGGGGACCUGCCCGCACCCCUUCGAUUGGACGAUACAAGUACUACGUAUCAUUCACCGAUGUAGCCACUUGUUUUACUCGUUUAGGCUUCUUACGACACAAGGACGAGACGUUAAACGAAUAUAAAUCGUUUGAAGCACUAUUAAAUACACAAAAGGACAAGAAAAUAAAACGAGUAAGAUUCGACAAUGGCAGAGAGUUUGUGAACAACGAUUGGAUCGAACAUGCAGCCCAGAGAGGGACCGUUUUGGAAACAACGGCCCCGUACUCAGCUCAACAGAAUGGAAUCGCCGAACGAUUGAACCGAACACUUACCGACAAAGCUCGAGCAAUGUUACUCGAGUCAGCCGCUCCAAAAUUCCUAUGGAAUGAAGCAUUGGCGUACGCGUGCUACUUGAAGAAUCGAGUACCCACGCAAGUGCAUGGUACAUUCUGGAAAACACCGUUUGAGGCGUUCUGGGGACGAAAGCCCGACGUUAGUGUCCUGCGACCUUGGGGUACCAAAUGCUACGUACUUGAUCAAGGUGAAAAUCAAUCAAAAUUGGACUCCAAGACCUUCACGGCAACAUUUGUAGGUAUCUCUGAUGUACAAGGCAAGAGUUGGCGUUACUACAAAACCGGAGCGAAUCGGAUAUUGCACUCACGCAAUAUCUCGUUCCCGAAGGACCAUGCGGCAAUCGAAGACGUUGCAGAUAACACCGAUUGGGGAGAAUUGGUUGCUCCGCCCGCUGAGGGGGAGAUGACUCAAACCGACAGCGCUGCGGAACGACCAACCGAACCUACUGGAACAGGGGGAGCACAUGUAGUUAGUAAAAACAAAGAAAAUGACUCGAAACUACCUAGCGAUAAAAAGCCUAUAAAGAGCGAACUAAAGACUGAGGGAACAACAUCGAACUCACAUACUCAACCAAUCCAACAACCUGUUGUCCCUAAGUCUAAUACCUCUCGCUCUAAGCCUGCUAUGCGCACCAACCCUAGCGCUGUUACUACUCAGUUGAUUCAAGCGAUUAAUGCACUCACCCCCGGUAGUGGAGAUGGAAUCCAAACCCGUAGUCGGAAUCCUAACGCCCCUGCCAUCUCUCUCGCAAGAGAAAGAGGCGGAGUCAAGAUCUCCAUCGAUGACACCACCCCAUCCGGUCAGUCUGCACCUAAUAUCUCGAACAAAGUCACUAACCUAGCUGUAGAACUCGAGGAUAUCUUUGCCGGUUCUAGCAACACCAACAGCUCCGAGAGCAAUGAUCACCGCACAUUCAGCCUACUCACCGACACCUCCUCCGUACUAUCCGCACCUACCAUCCCGUCCGAACUUGCCUUUGCACUGGAUGCCCCGCCAACGCCGCAAUCAACUACGUCCAUUGACGGUACGCUGGCAGACGAAUUCGGCUGCCUCCAGUUAUCCGACUACACUCCAACCGAGCCGGAUUCCCCCCUGGCGACAACCGGGCAUCUGGAACAAUCCUGGGCCGCGUUGGCCGAUCCGUCCGACCCAAACGACCACCCCACCGUGGAGGAGGCCCUUGCAGGACCACAGGCAAACGAAUGGUCGGAGGCAAUGCGGAAGGAGGUCAGCACACUCAAGAGGAUGGGUACGUACGAACACGUUGAACCCCCUAAAGAUCGUAAACCCAUUGGAAACAAAUGGGUACUGACACUCAAACGGAACGCCGAUGGUGAACCAGAACGCUACAAGGCGCGAUUAGUUGCACAAGGGUUCAGUCAACAACCCGGCAUCGAUUUUGACAAGACGUUCGCACCUGUCGUACGUCUUGACUCGAUUCGUUCUCUUGUCUCACUCGCUAACAACAACAACUGGGACAUUCGUCAGCUCAACGUCAACGCCGCUUACCUACAUGCUGAAGUUGACAAAGAACUAUAUAUGCGACAAAUCCCCUACUUCGAAGAUGGUACGAAUCGUGUCCUCAAGCUUAAACGUUCUAUUUACGGUCUGAAACAAGCCGGACGUAUGUGGAACAAGCUAUACGAUACCAAACUCCAAUCAAUUGGCUACCGCCCCUGUCUCACCGACUUGUGUGUCUACUACCGCCUUGAAGACUACGAGGGUGAGUUAUGCGUAUCCAUCAUUGCUACGCAUGUUGACAAUUCAAUCGUUAUCACAUCCACAAAUACAACCGACUUCGCCAUAUCCAAAUUACUUGGCAAAUUCAAUAUGCGCGAUUUAGGUCCCAUACAUUACUUUCUAGGUAUCGCAUUCAAACGCGACCACGAGCGCGGUAUCUUAUGCCUCAAUCAAACCGCUUACAUCAACAACUUAGUUCACUUUGCAGGUCUUAAGGACGCUUUCUCCGCCGAUACACCCCUAAGUCCCAGCGUUCAACUCACACGCUUCGAUGGUGCUAAGCCGAAGUUUAACUAUGGAACUUACAUUGGUAAGCUCCUAUAUGCGGCUCUAUGCACUCGACCCGACAUUGCUUAUGCCGUCGCACACUUAGCACAAUUUACUACAUGCUUCGGUCCAGCACACGUGACUCAGGUUAAGCGCCUAGUCCGUUACCUCAAGGGGACUUUGACCCUCGGCCUCACCUAUCGCCGAUCGGCCGAAGGCUUCGGCGAAAUCGGCUACUCAGAUGCCGACUGGGGCAGCAACCUUAUUGACCGUAAGUCCAUCUCUGGACAUGUAUUCAUGCUCGGCGGCGCAGCCGUUUCUUGGUCAGCUAAGAAGCAAGCAACUGUUGCUUUGUCAACAAUGGAAGCCGAGUAUAUGGCGUUAUCGCACGCAUGUACCCAGGCCUUAUGGAUGCGACAAUUCUUUGAAGAACUGUACCUAUACGCUGAUGCACCGACCCUUAUUCUCUCAGAUAAUCUCGCUGCACUCACUCUAUCCGUCGAAUCUCAAUUUCAUGGACGAUCGAAACACAUCGACAUACGACACCAUUUCAUGCGCGAUAUUAUCGAGAAACGGAAGGUAACUACGUUGUACGUACCGUCCAACGAGAACCUAGCAGACGCCUUCACUAAAGCACUCCCGGCACCACAAUUCAGGUACCUCAUGAGAUCAAUCAUGGGCGAACCGAUCGAAGAAUCAAUCGAAGACGAAUUGAUUAACUAA